AUGAGCGAUUCUCAUGCAGAAAAACCAAAUCCUAGCACCAAAGCAUCAUCAGAUUCAUCGGCAUUGAUCGACGGAAUCUGCAAAACGACGAUCAUCCCUCCGUUCUGCUUGAAUUUCCUGCAUUCGGAUCCUCGUUUUGCGCAAUCAACCCUAAAAGGGUUCGCCGAAAUCACCGUAGAAAAGGCUAAAUCCAAUGCUACAGCCACCACCAGUUUGAUUAGUCACCUCUUGAGGAAAACCCAGGAUUCAACGUUGAAGGGGCAUUUGCAAUCAUGUUUGAAGAAUAUUAACGAUGCUGUAGCCCAAUUGGAUAAAGCCAAGUCCUCGGCGGUUUCCGGCGGCCCCGGUGACCUUAACAACUUUGCAUCGGCUUCUCUGACGGAAGUUGGCGGUUGCGGCGACGAUAUUGGGGCGGCGGAACCUCCGAAACUUAAAAAAGCGCGACAGAAUUUGGAUAACAUUAUCCGGAAAUUGAAUCGAAGAUUCACUGAUUUCUUGAUGGAAAUGGACAACAGAAGAGAGAUUGAUUCUUUAAUUGAAGAGCAGCUACAUGUGCAUGGAUUGGAGAGUCCUGGAACUCAAAUUGUCUCGGUGUUACUGACAAGCAAGAAUUAUCUGAUCUGGAGAUGUGUUAUGAUUUCAGCAUUGGAAGUAAAGAUGAAAGUAGGCUUCGUGGAGGGAAGCUUUCUGAUGCCAGCAGAAGAUUCACCAAUCCUGUUGAAAUGGAGGAGAGAAAAUAGCAUGAUUGAACAAAUCUGGAAUCAAUAUGAAGAAUUGAGGCCAACUCCUGAGAUAGAAGGAGAGAUUGGGGAUUUGAUUGUGAAAAGGGAAAAUGAGGAUAAGACAACUGUAACACCAAUGAAUCAAGGGAUCAAUAAAAUUGGUUCAAUUCAGACAUGUCCAGUUGGAAAUGCUGGAGGGAUGAUACCUUAUGGGCAGCAGGGUCAAACACAGACUUAUAAUCAUGGUAAUGUGAGCAUUACACCACUGGAUUUUGGCAGUGAAGGGACAGAUUCAUAUCAGCAGAUGUUCAACAGUGCAGUACAGAAGGAAGUUGAACUUAUUAAUAAAGGAAGGGGAAUCAUGAACACUGGAGCAGGACACUCAGUGAACAUGGCACACUACCAUGAUUUUGCAGGUAGUUCUUCUUAUGCUUUAGCUUCCUGGAUUGCAUCUGAUAGUAGUAGAAAUGCAUGGGUAAUAGACACAUGA